AUGGAGGAGGUGACGACGUUGCACGGGAUAGGACACCUCUUCAUGACGAUCUUCUUGUACUGCUUCUCAGCGUUCAUUGUGGCUCCGACGAUUACAGACGUCAGCAUGGCGGCGCUAUGUCCCGGGAAAGACGAGUGUUCUCUAGCCAUUUACCUCUCCGGCUUUCAACAAGCUAUCACUGGUGUGGGUUCGUUGAUGAUGAUGCCAUUGGUGGGAAGCUUGUCGGAUAAGUAUGGGAGAAAAAGUUUACUCACUCUUCCGAUGACACUCAACAUUUUGCCUCUUGCACGAGACUUAUGGUGCCCUGAAACGGGGUGGCGUCUUGAGCUGAUAUCUCCAUAUGUCUCAGUGAACACGACUUUAGAGCUGAAAGCCGUCGUUCUUGACUGUGUAACUGGGGCCAGAGAUCGUGUAGCUUGGAAGGGAAGCGCUGAUGGUCAAUUCUCUGUGGCGUCUGCGUACACCUUGUUGACCCACUCAGAGACACCACGACCGGAUAUGAAUAUAUUCUUUCGUCGUGUUUGGAGCGUCAAGGUGCCAGAAAGGGUGAGAGUAUUCAUUUGGUUAGUCAGUCAUCAAGUGAUUAUGACCAAUGUGGAGAGAAAGAGGAGACACCUGUGUGACUCCGAUGUGUGUGUGGUGUGCAAGGGUGAUUUCGAGACUAUAAUCCAUGCCCUACGGGAUUGUCCAGCGGCACUAGGGAUAUGGAACCGAAUCGUUCCGCCAAGGAUGAGGAGUGAUUUCUUUUCCCGAACGUUGAUGGGUUGGUUGUAUGAGACUCUGAAGGAUGGUUUGGUUGUAGAUGGGGUCCCAUGGGCUACUACUUUUGCGAUGGGACUUUGGUGGAACUGGAAGUGGAGGUGUGGGAAUGUUUUUGGUGAAAAUCGACGAUGCCCAGAUCGAGUGAGGUUCGUUAAGGAGUUAGCUAAAGAGGUGUGGAGAGCACAUGAACAGAGUACAGGGCAAGGCAGAGCACGUAUUCAUGAAGAAAGGCAGAUUGGUUGGGUCCCUCCGCGUGAAGGGUGGUUUAAAUUGAAUACAGACGGAGCGUCACGUGGUAACCCGGGUCCGGCUACAGCAGGUGGGGUGUUGAGAGAUAGAGACGGUCGCUGGUGCGGAGGAUUUGCGCUGAAUAUUGGCCGUUGUUCGGCACCACUGGCAGAGCUUUGGGGAGUCUAUUACGGAUUACUCUUGGCGUGGGAAAAGAAGUGUUCUCGGGUGGAGCUUGAAGUUGAUUCGGAAUUGGUAGUAGGUUUUCUUCGGACAGGGAUUAGUGAGUCUCAUCCCUUGUCUUUCCUGGUACGAUUGUGCCACGGCUUUCUCGCAAAGGACUGGUUAGUCCAGAUCUCUCAUGUGUAUAGGGAGGCCAAUUAUCUUGCGGAUGGAUUGGCGAACUAUGCAUUCUCGUUGGCAGCAGGCUUUCAUUUUCUGGAAAGUGUUCCUCUUGAUGUAGUUUCUAUGUUUGAGGCGGAUGAGAUUGGGUCUACACGACCAAGGAACAUUCGUAUGUAG